AUGGCGACAUCUGAUUUCGUCCUCUCGCUACGAGAGUUUUUCUCGACACCCUUCACAGCCGCUUUCUGUGCCGGUGGCGUGGCAGGCGCUGUCUCCCGCACCGUUGUCUCGCCGUUAGAACGCUUAAAGAUUUUGUACCAGGUCCAAAGCGCCGGUCGUAACGAAUAUAAGAUGUCCAUUGCCAAAGCUCUUAAAAAGAUGUAUACGGAUGAGGGCUGGAGGGGUUUCAUGAGGGGGAACGGUACGAAUUGCAUACGCAUAAUACCCUACUCGGCUGUGCAGUUCGGCAGCUAUAACAUCUAUAAGCGCUUCGCUGAACCUUCACCUGGCGCCGAUCUCGACCCCAUUCGCCGACUCAUCUGCGGUGGUCUCGCCGGUAUCACCUCUGUCACAUUCACCUACCCUCUAGAUAUUGUUCGAACCCGCUUGUCUAUCCAGUCAGCUUCAUUCGCCGCGCUUGGAAAGCACGAAGGGAAGUUGCCAGGCAUGUGGCAGGUCAUGGUUAUGAUGUACAAAACUGAGGGCGGUAUUCUGGGUCUCUACCGAGGCAUCAUUCCCACCGUUGCCGGUGUCGCUCCCUACGUUGGCCUCAACUUCAUGGUCUACGAAUCAGUCAGGAAAUAUUUCACGGAACCAGGUGAGAAAAACCCUGUCUGGUAUCGAAAACUUGCCGCAGGCGCCAUCGCGGGAGCAGUCGCGCAGACUUGCACAUAUCCGUUUGAUGUCCUCCGGAGGCGCUUCCAAAUCAACGCCAUGAGCGGAAUGGGAUAUCAAUACAAAUCAAUAUGGGAUGCCGUCAGAACUAUCAUCGCACAGGAGGGCGUUCUUGGGCUUUACAAGGGUAUUAUGCCUAAUCUGCUCAAGGUCGCUCCGAGCAUGGCAAGCAGCUGGCUCAGCUUUGAGGUUACAAGAGAUUUCUUGGUGGCUCUGGCUCCAGAAAAGGAAAAUGGAGACCCUGUUUGA